AUGAUAUUUACUGUCUCUCUUGUCUGGUCAUCUUCAUCAUCGAAUGCUACUUCAACAAAAUCAUCUGCACUAAGAGAAAAAGAAAAUUUAAUUCAUAGUCAAACAUUCCAAGCAACCAACGAGAUACAAAAUUUGGCGAAUCUUUUGAGCUGUUUUAUUAGAAUAAAACGGUAUCAGGUGGAUAAAGAUAUUUGCACUCCCGGUAAAAAUCUUGAAGGGAAUCUUGAGCUUCAAGCGCAAGCAGCUGAAAAGGAAGAACGCAAUACCACAUGCUCACAGCCGCUAAAUUUUGAUACAAUAGAGAUAACGUCAUCAAUUCAUUGA